ACAAAUAAAAAUAUAUGUAGGGAUUUCUAAUGUAUAGAUGAACUGGAAAAAGCUUUGACGUGUCUCGCAUGUACAGUUGUGAAUUACACAAUUUUCCAAUUAUUGUAUUAAAAAAAUGGCAGGCGGAAAAGAAUCAGCGGAUAAUAAAAAGCCGGAAGUUAAGAUCGAUAAAUGGGAUGGCUCGGCAGUGAAAAAUGCCCUCGACGAUGCAGUGAAAGAAGUCCUUAUUAGAAAGUACAAUUAUAUAGAAAAUUUUUCAUUAAUGGAUGGAAGAUUAGCGUUAUGCGGUCUUGCUGUUAGUGUUGCCAUUGUAGCAUUAUUAUGGGACUUUUUCUAUCCAUUCCCAACGUCUAAGCCUGUUUUAGUAGCUUGUGUUUCAACGUACUUUGUUUUAAUGGGAAUUUUAACUCUUUACAUAACUUAUAAGGAAAAGGGAAUUUUCGUUGUCGCUAUUCAAAGAGAUCCCGCGGGAUUCGAUCCUGACAUAACUUGGGAAGCGAGUUCUUAUAUGAAAAAAUAUAAUGACAAAUAUAAUCUUGUGUUUAGCGUGAAAAGUGGCAACAAUACAUACAAAAGUUCUACUGAAAGAUCGGUAGCAAAUUUCAUUGACGUUAAUGGUGUUAUUAUUCCAGAAACAAUUGAAGCUGUUGUUAAGACAAUACACGACAGUCUCACUGUACAACGAAAAGAUAAAUAAAUAUAAAAAAAGGAUUGUUUUAUCAGAAACGAUAUUUCAAUAUAAGGAACAUUCCAAUUUCAGAAUCAAUUCAAAAAAAAAAAAAAAUUACAUUAAGUUCACUUUUCCCAAUUGGUAAACAAGUUAAUUUUACACCUCAUUUCGAUUAUUAACUUCUGUAUUAACUUCUGAUAAGUUUAAUUAAACUUCGUUUAGAAGAUUUUAAUUUUUCUUUGAAGUUUUAAACAAGUGAGCAAAUUGGUCGAUUUUUAAAAUUAAAAAAGUAAUUUUUUAUUCUUGAUAAAUUGAACUAACAAGAAAGGGCCUUUUGAGUACUUUUGUUUGUUGAUUCUGUAAUUAAGUGUUGUGUGAUAAAUGAUCAUGUGAAUGAACUUAAUAAGUGUGGAGAAGAUGAAUUAGUAUUCUAUGCGGUUUGUUAUUGUAAGUAUGCAAAUGUUCGUCAAUUUUGCCGUUUUUUAUUGAAAUAUAAAUAUGAUUUAAAUUAAA